GAAAAGGACCAAUGGCAGAAGCGAUGCAAUACCGUUGAAAAACGUCGUCCAUGUCGGACGAACGAUAUCCACCGAUUCCAAGAAAUGACCAGCCACAGGAUCGGUGUAAACCUAAGGGUGUCUGGAAACUGUGAUCAGGGAGGAAGAAAAUACAUGGAAGAUACCCAUGCGAUCAAGUUUGUGAAAAAAGACAGCCGUGAUUACGAGUUUGCCUACUUCGGAAUAUUCGAUGGGCAUGGCGGUCCCGAAGCGUCAAGAUUCGCUCGGGACCACUUACUGGAUGAGAUCACAAAAUACGAACAGUUCUGGAGCGACAAUGACGAUGAUGUUCUGUUUGCAAUCAAAUCUGGAUUUUUAGAUACACAUCAUGCUAUGUGGAAAGAACUAGACAAAUGGCCACGUACAGUGAGUGGAUUGCCCAGUACUUCAGGCACAACUGCCAGCAUUGCCAUUGUUAAGCAUGGGAAACUAUUCAUUGGACAUGUUGGAGACUCUGGGAUAGUGCUAGGCUGUGAUGAAGGACCUAUUAAUGCAGUUUACAUGAAGCCCGUCUGCCUUACAAAGGAUCAUAAGCCAGAUAACCCUGAGGAAAAGGAGCGGAUUGAGAAGUGUGGAGGUUCAGUAGUGGCCAAGUCCGGUGUUCAGCGUGUUGUGUGGAGCAGACCAAAGGUCAAUCAUAAAGGACCUGUACGCCGCAGCACACAAAUAGACAAAAUACCAUUCCUGGCAGUGGCAAGAUCUCUUGGUGAUCUCUGGAGCUACGACUACUACAAGGGCAUGUUCAUUGUCUCCCCUGAGCCUGAUGUGAGUGUGAUGAAAGUAGACCCCCGUCAACACCGCUGUCUCAUCCUGGCUUCUGAUGGCUUGUGGAACAUGAUCACCCCUGAAGAAGCUGUGUCUGUGGUUACUGAUUUAGAGAUGCAUUUUGAAGACCGUGUUAUUCAUGAUCCAAUGGUGACAGUUAGCUAUUGGAUCAAUCCUGCUGAGCGACUUGUGACACGAGCCCUCAACAAGUGGCGAGCAAAGAUGAUGAAGGCAGACAACAUUUCCUGUAUUGUUGUUCUUAUAGACCCUUUAGGGCCAUCUAAACUAACAAUACUGCGCCGACGACGAGAAGAAUACUUUCAAAAAAUACAUGAGGCACGGUUAUCAGCAUCGUCAUCAAGGAUAAGCACUUCUGCAGAGAAUGAGGCAGCUUAUCAGCAGUCUGUUUCUAAAAUAAAUCUGAAUCGUAACCAGAGUCAUGGUAGUGAGGAUGCUGAUGGGGUUGAGAGGGUUGACGUUGAGAAUAAAGGAGAAGAAAGCAGCAACAAGGAACCAGACUGUGCUGAUAACAUUAAUUGUUUCCCUGGGCGAGGGGGCCUUGCCCCUAAUGAUAAUCACCACAACAUGUGUAAGCACAGUACCAGCAGUGCUUCAAACACUUCUCAUGGCAGGCAGGGAGAAGGGGAUGUUGGUCAGGUGGUCUCUGAUGGGAAUGUUGCUUGCAGGUCAGCACCAUUUGCCUUUCAUGGGGUUUCCACACAACCUUCUUUUGUCAACAAAGGUGGAAAGCUUAGACCCACAACCGGAAUCAAAGGUGUACGCACUCAUCGAGUGAGGCAUCUUACAGACCCUCAGCGUCAUAUACACCGUGGUCAACUUCCUAUGACCUCUGACAUGGAUGAUAGUGUACAAGCCACCUCAUCCUUGAACUUCACUUCCUUAUUAUUUCCUUUGCCACUUCCUUCCAGUGUAGCCGAGGAUCCAGAGGAUCCUGAUAAGAGACAUCAUACUUUGUCAUCCUCAGUGUCAGAACCUCUUUUGAAGCUGAUAUCUCUGACCAGCUCAAAGAAGGCUUCCUCUGGUACAGAGAGCACACUCCAUGUGCAAUCCAUGGCCUCCUUGAAUGGCUCAGUGCAUGGUCCUAGUAAAGUGAGCACAUAUUCUCAAAGCACAGAUAGAAGGGUGCUGCGUCGUAGUUGUCAGUUGACUGCCAAAGUCCUGCAGAUGCGAUCCCCACAACAGUGUGUACUUCACCCUGAUUUCUUCUCCACCCACACUUCUGGGCAGAUUCUGUUGAACCAGCCUGAAGGCACAUCAGGUGAAAAACUCUCUUCACAGUGUUAUACGCCACAAUGCAGUAAUCCUGCCUUACAGAAAGGACAUCCAAUUUCCUCAAACAUUGGAAAAUGUUCAGACAAUACUGGACUAAAAAAAGCUUGUGGCACUGGUCAGCAAGGCAGCAAUUCAGUAAAAAUGCAGAAGAGCCGAGAAUUUGGAUUUUUGUAUAAAACGCGUAAAACAUUACAUCGUGCUAGACAGGCAGCUUGUAAAGCCCUUUGCCCAGAAAACCCACCUUUUAUUCGACCAUCUCAGAUAUACAAACGUAAAUGUGAUCAAAGACGGUCUGCACUUGAGGGGCCUUGUUCCAAACGCCUGCGCCCUAGUGAAGGAAUUCGACUGUCUUUGUAGGUGGUCUGUUUUGGGAAACCUCUGAAGUGGACAAAGAACAGGGGGAUUGGGAUAUGAUACUUGUCAGAUCAUCUCCUACAGUUUAGAUGUCAUAUACAUUAUCUUCAGAGUUUUUAAGUGGUAGUAGUGUGCAUACAUGACCAGCUAUAUAAGUGGGCCAAGUUUCAUGCUUUUUUUGAGAAAACAAUGCUGGUGAAAAAAUUAAAGUAUAUUUCCAAAGAGUAGCAAUAUUCAUAGAGGCAGCAUGUAAGUUGUAAACAACAACACUUCCUCAUAUUGUUUUAAUGUGUGUGUAGGAUCUUAGGCUGCGUUAAGCUUUAGAUCUGUCAGGCAUUAACACUUGUCUUUCCCAUGUCCACCCCACAAGCCUGUCUUUAUUUCAUCUGUACCCAUCGGUAAUCAGGCAAAAUCUCUCGACUCAUCUCCGCACCAUUCGCAGUCCUACUAUGGCUAUCAUUAGCAUUUUUGUGACAAAUAAAAUUUUCACUGUGUAUAAUGAUUAGUUUGGUUUAGUUUAGAAUAUAUGGGGAGAAGAAUGACUUUGCAUGAAGCACACAGAGUUAGUCCCCUGAUCCGAGAGAGAGAGAGUGAAAGAGAGCGCAGAUGUGUGUGCGCAUGCUAAGCACGCAAUGAACUAGUCUCCUGACCAGAGAGAGAGCAGACGUGGGUGUGUGGGCUUGUUGAAAAUGUUGGUAUAUAUUCUUACACAAUAAUCUUGAUAUGCAAGUGUGAAGUAUUAAAAACUGUAAUUGCACUGUUUAAUGAUUAGUGAUCAUGUCAUAGGUCAUUGAUUUUGGAAAGAGACACUUUUAGCCUUGAAUUUUCUUAAAUAGAAAAGUUACACCUAUUAAACCAUUCAGUUAAGUAACCACCCUAAAGACCAUGUUGCAAGCACAUUUUAUAUCUGUAUGUGUAUAAAGGCCUAUUUAAUAUUUUUAUAAGGGAUCAACAUAAUACUGCUGAUUCGAAUUUAUAAACACUUCUAUUAUUUGUUAGGCUAGAUGUACCAUCUUGGGAAAAUUUACAUUUUCAUAAUAAGACCAGUAGCCAUAAGCUUUAUGUUUACCUGAGCUACUUAUAAAAAAAAUGAAAUGUUUGUGAAAACAAGUUAGCUUUACUUUAUGAAGUUAAAGUCAAUCUAAUUACAGUUAUAAAAUUCUACUUGUUUCCUGCACAUUGUGACGGUUACAAUUUAUUGUUUCUUGCAUAGAACACUGUUAUUUAAAGAACAUUUUGUUAAAAUAUCUGAACACUGCCAAUUUUUUUUCCCCCUCUCACACUGCUGGACUAUUUUACCGUGUAAGGUCAUUGACAAAAUUUAUGGAAAUACUCUCAGGCAGCUGGUUUUUCACUUUUCAGCAUGAUUGCAUGGCAGCAUAAAUAUUCAUGCAAUGGUCUUGGACUGAACUGCAUUAUGAAAUGGCUUUGACAUUUUGUUAACGAUUUGUUUUUAAGAAAACAUUUUAUUUUAUUGUUCAAAUUAUUGUCUUACUUUUUAAACGGUUAAGAUGGAUAAAAAUUACUUCCCAUGAGGUGUAGUUCAUUACACAGUUGCCAAUGUUGACAAGCCAGUCAGCUUGCAAUACCUUGGGGUGCUAGCAAAUAUCCUAAAGACCAACAUAGCAAACACAAUAGGUAACCUGGUGGUGACAGAAGAGAUGCCUGUGCUAAACUUGAACAACAUGUUAUUAUCACAAUGAAGAAAAAACCGUGGAAAAGGGUCGUUAUGCUUUGCGAAAGACUAAAUGCACUAGCUGAAACCCCUUUUGAGCUUAGGGUACAGUUACUCUAGGGCAUCAUAAUGCGUUACAUAAAACUGGGUGUUAAAAACUACAGAGAUUUAAGACGUGUCUUUUACACUGAUAGCUCUCUGGUUUGAUAUUUUCUUUUUGACACCAUAGAAAUAUUUUAAAGGAUUUUUGUGACAUGUUAGAGGGACUAUUUUGCAGUUCUUAUAGUAUUGUUCGUAUAUACUGUUUUCUCUUCUUCAGCAGUGGAGAGAUGAAACGAAGGCAGCCUUUUAAAAUUUGUAAAGUGGUUUGUAAUGAUUAACAUGUGUGCAUAUUAUAUGUGUAAUAAGGUAGUAGAAUUCUCAUCAGUAACUGUUGAUUUUACUCAUCUUAGAUUCUUUAAUUAUAUGGCUUUAAUUUAUUUCACUAUUUAUUGUCUUACAGAAGCUAAUUUCAUAGAUAUCUUUGAAUUUAUUUGUUGAUUGUAAUGCAGACAUCAUCUUUCCUCAUUCACUUCAUCAUUUGUGUGCCUUGUACUUUGUUAACACAUCUGAAGUCCAUGCUGGAUGUUAAGGGUAUUAUACUGUUGAAAACAUUUGUUUUAUCAAUGAAACAAUCUCAGUGACACCAAAAAAUUUUCACAAUUUGAAUUUCGCCCACAAAAAAUUGACUCUGUUUUAAACAGUUAGAUUUUCAAAUGUAAUGGAAAAUGAAAAAAAAGGGGGUCUCAAUAGGAAAUGCCUGAUUUUUAUGUUUUAAAAUCUUAGAGGAAAUCCAUAGAGAAGUCAGACAUCUGAGAUGAGUUUAUCUGGAUAUCUAGAAGCACACUGCUGUGCACACCUACACCUAGAGAAUGCUGGGCACUGAACUUAGUCCUUAGCGGUAACACAUUGGUAGGAUUUAUCUCCAUAGUGUUUCUGCUAGUAGGCUUGAUUUCAUUAUAUAGAGUUUUCCCAGCAGGACUGAUUAUAGAACUCAGAGGCCAGUGUGUGCUGUUACUCAUGGUUUUGUUUUUUUAAAGUGAUUGGAGGGAGGGGAGAGACUGUCACUGGACAAGUCCGCUGCUGAUUUGAUUUUGUCUUAAGCAUUUGGGCAACGUAUCUGCUGAAGCAUACAGAACUGUUAAUUGCUGAUGUUGUUUGUCGUGGUAAAUAUAGCUUGCUUUGUUGAUUUGUUAGUACUAGUUAUUAGUUUUAUAAAAUCUGUGUUGACAAAAUUUUUGUGGCCCAUUGCUCUGGCAUAACUUUUAAUCUCUGUGUUUCUGCUGUAUUGAUGACUAAAUGUUAAUGGUUUUAGUCUUGAUUUUUUUUUCCCCCCUAAUUUCAUAUAUGGAAAGGGGCAUGGGAGCCAGAAGUACAAAAUACUGUGUACUGUGCUUUUAUAGAAAUACAGUGGUGGAAUAAUUGUUGCAUGAGCUGCUGUUUGAAGUGAAACAGUUGAUAGAGAAGGAAAAUGGUAUUUAAGAAAAGCUUUUGAAAAUGGCUGCUGUAAACAUGACUAAUAACAAAAGAAAGAAUAUCCUAAUCUACCUGUUUCGAUUCAAAAUAGUGACAACUCACGUUUAUAGCAAGAUAGUUAUUUCAGUGACUAUCUUUUGUGAUAUAUUUAGGGGGGAAAACUUGUGAAGCAGCUCUGGUUUGAGAAAUAAGCCUCCCUCUUUAGUUGUCAUGAACUUCUUCCACCAAGUGAAUGCCAUCAUAUUUUAUCACAAAAACAGCUGAAAGUGAGAUCCAACAGGGGCAAAUGUAUUAUUUUGAAAAGUUGAUUGUUGUAACACUUUCAUUCAAAUAAUUUGUUAUAGUACGCCAUCAAAAUAUCUUCCUAGUGAUUCCUUAUGUUUGCAAUAUACAAAUCAUAUAAAACACCCAUGUUCCUGGUAAUUAUAAAAUAAGCAACUCAUUUGGUGACAAGCAGAUGACAAUGGUAUGAUUAGUCCAUUCAGCAAUUUUCAAGUCAGCAUACAAAAUGUCAUGGGUCUAUCACUGAAAAGAGUUAGUUCGUUGUCCUUGGCAAUGUCAAGCAAGAUUAGAAUUAAAACUUGGAAAGAUGACAGCGAAGUUUUUGUGUAAAGGAUUGGUUAACAACCUUUUGCCUCCAUUCCAGUACAUGUUAGCAAGCUUCUCAAAAAAAUCCGUUUGAUUUAAUACUUUCUAGUUCAGUGAGGACAGGGUGAAGGGGAUGAUCAUAUGGUUAUUUAACGUUAUUUAAUGUCAUUUUAACGUUGGGCCUGAAGAUGCUUGUGUGUAGAAACAAUUUUGUUCAUUUUAUUUUUUUAUUAUUUGAAGUAGUGUUGUAGUUGUUGUGCUGUGCUUUCAUGAUCUGCUUGUGGUUUCUCUGUUGGGAUAAAAAUAUGUGCAUUCUUUUUUAAGAGCAAAGUCAUUUUAAAACAAACUUGUAUACAGAAUCAUGUAUUUGUUUGGUGGAAAUAGAAGACAUUUUUAAACUUAAAAUUGAUGAAUGAGACAGUUAAAAAUUUCCUGUACUAAAGAAAAUUAAAAUUAAAUAACAGAGAAAUAAAUCAAGCAAGAUAACUUUUAAUAAAAAUUUCAGAAUACUUCCUGAUAUUCGGAGUUAUUUAGUCAUUUUAAAUUAUAUACAUCUUAUACUUUAUUAUGAUUUUAAAAAAGGAUAUGAUUGCCAUUGUGGGUUUGAUGGUGAUGCAAUGUUAGAAGAAAAUGUAAUACACUGGAACAUGGGAAACUACUGUAUUUUUAAGAAAAGGAAAGCAAUAUGCAUGUAAUUUUACAAAAUAAAAUAUGUUCUUAUGAUGA